CCUAGGCGCCUUUCGCCUUCCCCCCUUCUCUGCCCCCCUCACAACCGCCAAUUGUGAUAUUCAAAUUGCGCGGUUGUGAUUGGGCCACGUGGCCAAUGGCGCGGAUGUCGAGGCGCUGUUCCUUCCUUUAAAUUGAGUCGAUUCACCCAACCUUCGCCCCAUUCUCCCAAAAUUCCCUUCUCACUCUAACUUCUCUCCUUGCCUACUCACCCUCUUUGCCUUUCAAAUAUGUCGAUUCCCAAUGAUGAUGCCACCGCCGCCGCCGCCACUGCAGCCGCCGCUAGAGCUGCGCCAGAUCAAGGCGCCCCCUCUAAAGCUGGUAAGAAACCUCUUUCUCUGCCCUUUUUUUUUUAAAUGUUAUGUUGUCAAUGGAGGCGCCGCUCACUUUCCGCCGGUUGUGUGCGCUUGGUUGGAUUGGCUUAGCGGGGGCGUCUACACUGUCUCCUAUACCGGCGUCAUCAUCUAACUACUACGUGCCGGAAGACGGGUCUUUCAAAAUGACCACAUGGGAAAAUACUUGGCCUCCCGGAUACGCGCCCUGUGAGACUACCUGCUUGCCGACAAACGUGGCAGGGCCUGAGCGCAACUCUACCAUAUCGCCAUCUUGGAUGACCAGUUUGAUCACGGAUCUUGGACUCCCCCGAACCUGGACGUAUGCGCCCCCAUCGCCCAUUGCUAGGGUAGGAUUGUGCGGUCCCCGAUGGUUAGGCAUAUACCAAGAGUACUUCCGAUUUGGGCUUCGAUUUCCUCUAGACCCCAUCUUGGAGGGGAUUUUGGAGUACUGUGAGUGUACUAUUGGGCGCCUAUCUCCCUCGGUUAUAUUGAUCAUCACGCUUUUCAAGCUGAAGUGCCGAAUUCAUAAUGUGCGCCCUACCUUCAACCUCUUUCGCCACUUUUUCACCGUGACGCCUCGAGACAAUUGCCUAUCCUUGGUGCGCCGCAAAAAAGUACGCGCCCACUUCGUGACGCGGUGCCCGAAGCUAUGGAGGACUUGGUUUACAGGCUUCUUUUUUGUGAAGGCGCACAGAGACUUUUUCUUUGCUAGUGGAGACGCCUUUAGAACAGAUUGGGAGCUAGGUGAAGACAAACGCUUUAAUGCCGCCGUUACACUUAGUCAAGAGGAACGAGAUGGUGUCGCGCUAAUUAGCGGCUCACCUGUAGAUUUGCGCCCCACCAGAGCUCGGGCGCCUAUUCUUAAUGAAUAUUAUGGAGAUGGUGUGUUUUAUGCCAAUUACUUUGUUGUUUUUGCAGGCGCCUUGUAUAAUAGAGUGCGUUUUGUUUGUGCAGGUGCUAACUUCUCACGGAUUGCCACCUUGAUGAAAAGCCGCUACGAGAAGAUGGCCCAUCAGGCGCCUCGCCAGGCCGCUCCUAACCGUAGCCCGGCGUCUCCCGCCUCAGUCUCCACCAAGCAAUUGCCCGUUAACCAGACGGAAAAGGAGAAAGGCAAGGCGCCUAGUGGGAAGCCCGCCAAGACUUCAAGCGUGGCGUCCACGCCAUCAGGCGCGGAUGCGCCUGAGGAUCCGCCCUUGGUCGUAACAGUGGACGAGCAAGAGGAAGAAGACAACGUGCCCCUGGUUGCUCGAGGGAAAAGAGCAGGCGCCCGCCUUCUUUGUCACGGGAAGAAGCCCCGAACAACCGGUGAGGAGGCGCCGGAUGUUUUAGUAGGAUAAGGCGCACCCCGACAAGGCUCGUCCCAACCCGUAGU